GAUAAACUAUAUAAAGAUGGAAGAAUAUGUAUUUUUAUUCCUGUUCGCCCAGCAGUAAGGAUGAUUAGGCAUAUUCUUGCCUCCCUCCUUUUAGGACUAACUCUAGCACAAGACACCCAUUUCUGCAAUGAUGGUUGGGAGCUGUAUACAUCCAGCUGGGCUGGCGAGGAGCACCAUUCUUGCUUCUGGUUCGGAGAACGAAGAGAACAGGUGACUCAUGACUCCGCUAAGCUUCUGUGUAACGCUAUGGGAGGAUUCAUGGCUGAGGUCCCCUAUGGUCCUCAUCUUAACAACUGGAUCGUAAACAAACUUCUUGAGAAAUACGAGAAGGCCGUCCAGGAAGCAGAUACCCGUCGUCCUGACUACGGAGUCCAAUACUGGCUUGGUGCCCGGGAUUUUGGUCAUCACAAUGACCACCUGCCCGGUACCUGGAUGUGGGAACACAGGAAUACUUCUAUUGAAUGGUUUGACUGGGGAGAUAAUGAACCAAACAAUUUCAACGGACAGAACUGUCUCUCAUACCUUCAUUACGAAUCCAUCUUUGGUUUCAGUGAGUUCAAGUGGAAUGACUGGGACUGCGAUGCACCCGCUGAUUUUAUUUGUGAGAUUAUUCUAGAUUAAAACAGUUAUUUUUCCAUCCAUUCUAUCUAAAGAAAUAAACAUUAGAAAAGAA